AAAACAAAAAAUUAAUGUAAAAGAAACAAACCGACAAAUAAUAUUAUAAAUAAAAUAAAUUUAUAAGACACAAUCCGCGCGAAGCGCGGAAAAAAUCUCUAGUAUAUAUAAUAAACAGACUAAAUGUCUGCAUCGCAUGCUUCCUUUAACUUCUUUACCCCUCAAAAAACUCCAUACCCAUCCAACACCUGGCCGUCUAAUCAUUUCACUCAUUUGAGGAGAAAAAAUACUAAAAUUUUGGUUUAUUUUCUUGAGAGUGCAACCGGGAAAAAUGGGAAGAGCACCAUGUUGUGAAAAAAUGGGGAUGAAGAGAGGACCAUGGACUCCUGAAGAAGAUCAAACCUUGAUCAACUAUAUUCAUCUCUAUGGUCAUUCUAACUGGCGAGCCCUUCCCAAACACGCAGGAUUACUUAGAUGUGGAAAAAGUUGCAGACUUCGCUGGAUUAAUUAUCUGAGACCAGACAUCAAACGUGGCAAUUUCACCCCUCAAGAAGAACAAACUAUCAUCAAUCUACAUGAAGUGUUGGGCAACAGAUGGUCUGCGAUUGCUGCAAAGUUGCCAGGACGAACCGACAAUGAAAUAAAAAAUGUUUGGCACACUCAUUUGAAGAAAAGACUCAACAAAAAUCAAAACAAUGGCGGAGACGCCAAGGAUAUUAACGGUUCUAACGACACCACACACGAAGACAAAGAGCCUGUGGUGGUCCACACAACCUCUCCGCAACAGUUUUCAAAUAGCACUACGACACUCGACAUAUCAGAUAAUAAUAACAAGGACGAUACGAUGUCGCACGAGGAUAUUUCUGCAUUGGUUGAUGAGAGUUUUUGGUCAGAGGUCGUAUCGGUAGAUAAUUCGAGUAACAAUGAGAAAAAGAUUGAAGGUUGGGAAGGAUUGCUAGAGAGGAAUAGUAAGAGACAUAGUUAUAAUAACUCGAAGUUGUAUAAUGAUGACAUGGAGUUCUGGUUUGAUCUUUUCACUAGCUGUCGUAGGAUUGAGGCAUUUUCCGACAUACCUGAGUUCUGACUUUGAGUUUGUGUUGUUUUUGUCGUUAAGGCUUGAAAGUCUUUUUGUAAACCAAAUGAAUAAAUUUAAAAGUUGUUUCUGUUUCCUCUACGUUAGUUGCAUGUAAAAUAUGAAUCGAUUACAUCAUUUUAACCAUUUCAGAAGAGCCAUUUCGAAGUCAAAUAAUGUUUCGAUUUAGUAGUAUUCACAUUCAGUUAUUUUUUCAUUUUAACUAUACUACUAUUUUUUCGCUAUAAUUUUAUAUUUAUAUGUUAUAAGAAUUUAGUUUUGUGGUUAAGUUCGAUGAUUUCAAAAGCUUCUGCAGACUCCUACGUCCAGAAUAUACAAAAUAUUACAGAUUAUGUAUUAAGUAUGUCAGUUGUCUAUCCAUUAUAGUUUCAUAUACUGCAAUUUGCAUAUUGUAAUGUUUUCCUUUAAAAAGUAUAUUGUAAUAUUUUCCCAUUUGCAGUACUUUAAUCCAUUAAUAGCAGCAGUAGUUAUUUCUUUGUUUCAUAAUUAUUAAACUUUUAAAACGAAUAAAUGAAAAGAAAUAUAUUUUGUAGACCUUAAAAUCUGUGGAUGGUCCCUAGUCUAAGUAAACAUCAACGUUUACACCAUUCGGUUCAAAUAUCAUAAGCUGGUUAUUGGAUUGAGACUAUUUGAUUGAACAAUUACAAUGAUAAAAACGUGAUUAGGUGAAAACGAAGAUGUAAUAAUUAAAGUUGACGCAUACGUAAUAUCGCACACACUGAGAUCGUUCUUUGAACUUUAAAUAUAAACAUCAUCCUAAAACAUUCUCUAUUUUGUUUAAGGCUAUACUGGUUCACGUUUUAAAUCUUGAUAAAUUAAGAAUAUUUUAUGAGCAAACAAAAGUUGGAUAAUAUAUCACAACAAAGCUUUUUCCAAAGGCACUCAGUUAAAUAAUAAAUAUUAUUUGAUGUUUUAAGAACUGUUUUGGUUUAGCUUUAUUUUCUUAUAUUAAAUUUUAUGGAUACUUAAGAUUAAUAUAGUAUUGAUAAAUCUUAAUCUCUAAAACCAUUUGUGAAAAUAUAACUAUCCACUCCAAAAUUUCAUGGAACAUAAAUUAUAUAUAUAUAGUAUAUAUAAAAUUUUGGCCAAUCCACUCAAGAUCUUAAAAUGACUGAAAUGUUAUAAAAUAUAGUCACUUUCCUAAUAUUCUUCUCGUGAUUAAAUUAGACUAUUCUUCUUUUGAAUAAAUUAGACGUCUCGAAAUUACCAUGAUUACACCAAGUGUACACCAAGUUAUGUAAUCAAUAUUGUUUUGUCAAACCGAACCCAAAAUGUAAAAACCUGAUACAACAAACCAUGACAUGGUUUGGUUAAGAGAGAUUUUACAUUUUAGAUGUCAUCCAUCCCUGCUGCUUCUUGAAAAACUUCAAGCUCUGUCCGUAUUCAAUCUUAUGUUUCCUUGCACAGCCGCAACUCACUGACAGAGCUUGCGGUAACUGUGAAGACUUUCUUUUAAUAAACAACUCUUUUGUUUUACAUACAAAACGAAACUCAGAGCAACUGAGAAUCUGAGAUCAACAAUGGUUAGAAUAUUAAAGCAAAAAAAACGGAUAUCUGUUAAAGUCCAAUCAGUUUGACCAAUUGCAAUAUUGCUGUAUUCUUCAACACGUCGCUUAAACAGAAACUGACGCUUUAGGGCAAAUCGCUUUGCUUCAAGUUUUGUUUAAACCGAACCGGAAAAGAAAGCGGUUUCACAAACCGUUAUUUCGUUUCAUAGGCUUUCUCUCUCGCUAUCCAAUUACUUCAUCUUUGUCGGGCCUAAAAUACUAAAUCAGGGUCAGGCUCAAUAUGGACGAGCUAGUUUAGCCCGUCAUAACAUUUCAGUGGCACAUACGGCCCAUUAGCUUCCUCUGCGUCCUAUGUGGUGAUUGAAGCCCGUUUUUCUACUUCUUUUAUCUUUUGUACUGAACUGUUCUGUUUCUUCCUGUCCUCAGGUUCUUGAGCAACUCAAAGAGAAGGCGGUAAAGUGAGCUGGACUGACAGAGGAACCUGUGUUGCGGAGAGUGAAGGAGAGGACAGACGCAAGGAAAAAUAAAGAAUAUGAAAGAUUUGGAGACCAGUCAAGAACCUUCAACUACAACUUGAGCUUUUAAACUUAUAUACUAUAGUCUAUAUUCUUAUUUUGUAUCAUAUUUGUUGAUUUCGAGUAACGUCUAAAGAGUUACAUCGAAUUCUUGCUUCAUUCAUUUUUGCUGUGUGGUGUUCUCAGAGAAACCAUAGGAA